AACAUACCAGCGUUAGGAAUAUGACAGUGACAUACUUUUCAAUUGUUAUACAAGAACUAAUUCGACACCCUCCCACGUGGGCAUGUACCAAGUUAUCUGGUCAACGUCAAAGUUUCCUUUCGCUGAUAAUGACAUGAACGUAGCUGAUGAAUGCUGUUGCUGUCGUCGCCCUCCGCGUCACCCUGGUGUUGAUGGUGUCACGUGAUGUCCAGUCAGCCACGCCCUGUCCCCGGUCCUGCAUAACAGACGUCCAGGUGCUGUCCUGUCGCCGACUGACCACCCGGGAUCUUCAAGUUGUAGGGUCCUGUGUGGAGGAUCUGCCAUUAACAGCAGUUGUGGAUUUGACAUACAACAAAAUCGCCUGUUCUUGUGAAUUCCUGAAAUUGUCAAAGAAACUGCUACAAUCAAAGAUUAUCUUGUUUGAUUCUACGAAAUGCUCCUCAAAAGUUAUCAAAGGCUGCUACACUGGUCAGUAUAACAGGGCACAGCUUGUCAGGAACAGCGGCAGUUACUUCCACGUAGUGGGGGCAGUGUUCAACAUAGGAUCAACCGGAUGGCGUCGAAGAUUUGACCGUCAUUAUAUCAAACUGAGGAACAUUUUAACCAGAAUUGUUGACUCCGGUACUCGUCACUUCUAUCUGGUCAGGCUUAUUAGAAUUAUACGUAACACAGAAUGGAGAAUGGACAGUAAAGCUUUGAAAGAGGAGCGAAGUCCUGAUAGAAAUGAUGCUCCGAAACGUACCAAUGCCACCUCAAUAAUUGAGAUAAACAAGUACGUCUUUCAGAAUGUAAGUCGAGAAGAGGCAGAACCAAGAAUGGUCAAUUUCGUCAUCUUCAGCAGCAUCAUCGGCGCCACCGUCCUUGGCACCCUCGUCGGUCUCAUCUGCAAGUUGGACUCAGACCGACGCACCAUGCUCAAGACCCGUCCUAUGGGUUACGUUGACCCCCAACUACAGACCCGGAUCUGGAGCUGGCAUAAUUUUCUCAAAAAGCUGCAGUUGUACAAGCGUGAGAAGGCUGAAGAGGCAUCUCGCGUAAACGGCAAUCCUCAGGUGACAGGACGUCUAUUUGUCAAGCAGUCCAAGGUCGAACCCAAAGGGGAAAUUCAAGUGCAGGAGAAUGGUCCGGCUGCAGCAGUUACCUCCCUUACAAAGAUGGUUGCACAACAACCGUUUCAGUCCUUCAGUCACACACAGCUUGACGGGUCGUCACGUGCUCUGUUACAUGGAAGUAGAUCAAGCUUAGGUUCCCAAAGAUUUGAACCCAAGGGACUCAGCUCUCGGGAACCAAGUUCUGAUGCGCUGUGUGGCCAGGCUUCUCGCUCUAAACAAUCAGUCGGUGCAAUGGAGGAACUUGAAAUUCCAAUUAUUGCUCAAAGUAGUCCGUCAACCGGCGGAGGAAAUAGCGAUGAAAGCAUCCCGGCUUCAGUUGAGGACAACACAUAAUAUCGACGAAUAUCCGAAUCCUGGACGUCUCACAGUAAACGUGAUUUCAUAUUCCCGUGAGAGUAGUAGACUCGCAACGUCCCUGAUAACCUUUACCGAGGAUUAGUUUUCCUGAUCGUGUGGUAAUAAAAUAUGUUGAUAAUGACAUGAAUUACAGAUAUAAAGUCAGGGGCAAACAAGA